AAGCUGCGGGAUUAUUUUGCCAGUCGCUGCGGGAGCCGCUGACAGCCCGCCGGCCGACGCCAGCCGCCAUGUUGGAUUAUAAUGUUAAUUUUGUAGAAAUUGCCCCGCAAAUUUGGACGGCGAUCCCUGGCUCGACCUGAGGACAGAAGCGAAGCGAGGGUGGGGUUUUUAAAGAAAAACAACGACGGAAGUUUACGUAUUUUUGUUUUUUUAAAAAAUAAGGACGACUCGCUCGGGUGUUUCUGUAUUGAUGUUGGCCCACGUCUGAUCGCUGAAAGCAGCUAAGUUGGGAGAGAAGAUCAGAAUUUAUUCGGAAGAAGAGCUGCCUUGUUCUGAUGUAGACUAAAUGCAACAGUUUCAAGACGUCUGUGGGCAUGAAGUGGUUGGGAGAAACCAGGAAUAUGUUUGUAAAUGGCAGCAGGAAAAAUGCAGGAAAGUUGUCCAAUGAACAUCAGAGUCAAACCAAACUACAGUGCUCUGGAAAGGGAAAUUCAAGGGCCAACACAAGAGUCGCACUUGGAAAACGUACCACUCGCAUGAUGGGUUUUGAGGGUCAAGGCUCUCGAUACGUACCUUCCACUGGAAUGACAGCCAAAGAGCUGUGUGAAAAUGAUGAUCUAGCAACAAGCUUAGUCCUUGAUCCCUACCUGGGUUUCCAGACACACAAAAUGAACACCAGGUAUGUCAGAUUUCGACCCAUAAAAGGAAGACAGGAAGACCUCAAGGAAGUAAUAGAAGAUUUCAAGAAGAAGGAGAAUUUGGAAAAAGCCUUCAAAGCAUUAACAACAGGAGAAUGGGCGCGACACUAUUUCCUCAACAAAAACAAAAUUCAGGAAAAGUUGUUUAAGGAGCAUGUUUUCAUUUAUCUGAGAAUGUUUGCAGCGGAAAGUGGAUUUGAACUCUUGCCUUGUAAUCGUUAUUCAUCGGAGAAAAAUGGAGCCAAGAUAGUUGCAACCAGGGAAUGGAAGAAGAAUGACAAGAUUGAGUUAUUGGUUGGCUGCAUUGCAGAGCUGUCAGAAAUGGAAGAAAAUCUGCUUCUUCGACAUGGAGAAAAUGAUUUUAGUGUUAUGUUUUCUACAAGGAAGAACUGUGCUCAGCUUUGGCUUGGACCUGCUGCAUUUAUUAACCAUGACUGCAGGCCGAACUGUAAGUUCGUGUCAACUGGUCGGGAUACAGCUUGUGUGAAAGCAUUGAGAGAUAUUGAACCAGGGGAAGAAAUUUCCUGUUACUAUGGGGAUGGUUUCUUUGGGGAAAAUAAUGAAUUCUGUGAAUGUUAUACUUGUGAAAGACGUGGACAGGGUGCAUUUCGAUCAAAACCUGGACUUCCUGAUCCUGUGCCAGUCAUCAAUAGCAAGUAUGGACUUCGAGAAACAGACAAGCGUUUAAAUAGAUUAAAAAAGUUGGGUGAUAAUGGAAAGAAUUCUGAUAACCAGUCUGUGAGCUCAAACACUGAUGCAGAGAUUACUCAGGAAAAAGCUGCAACUAGAAAAUCAAUGAAUUUGAAAAAGGAUAGCAAAAGCAGGACAAGACAAAAUUUACCCAGAACAUCAGCUGCCUCUGGCUCUACCUCAUCCUCUUCAAAAAUAUGUUCUGUGGGUAAUUCCAAGGUACCAAAGAAACUGAAAACCUCAAGGCCUGUUAGGUCUUUGCCCUCAAAAUCGAGGUUAAGAAGUGAAUCUAGAAGGUCAGAACAAAAGACCACUUUUAGAAAUCUUGAAAUGGACAAUUUUGUUCUCAAAGAACCUAAAGUAGUUCUUUAUAAGAAUUUGCCACUUGAAAAGGACAAAGAUUUAGAGGGGCCAGCAAAAGUUGCAAGUUCGGGUAAGUGUCUGACUAGGCAUUCUGUUCGAGAAAAUAAAAUGAAUUCUGUAAAAGAAUUGCAUAAACUUUCCCGCAUCCGAAAUGGAACAGUACCUUGUACUUACAUGACCCGGCGGGCAAAAAGAACGAAACUUGCCCUUAAAGAGUCCUUUGUUGCUUCUUCAGUGGAGCUUGAACCAAAUACUACAGACAGUGCAAAUCUUUGCAGAGAAGAAAGUGAACAUAUGGACUGCAUUCAACGUGUCUGUGAUGGCACUCAUGUAAAUACAUUGAUCCAAGAAUCUUUAUCUGAUAAAGGGACAAAUUGUCAAAAUAAUGGCAUAUGUUUGAGCAGAAGGAGGUUACAACAAGGAAAACGAGAAAAAAUUGCUACACAAUUAGAUGAAUGUGAGCACAUGCUAUCCUGUUCUGUAAGACAGAAUAUAAAGGAGGAGCCUGUACCAGAAUUGAUAAGUCCUCCUCCAAUUCACAAUCUUAAUGGGAAUGAUAAUGUUAAUUUGGUGAAUAUGACUGGUGUAUACCGAGAAUAUGUUGGUUCAUCAAAUGGUGGCACUUCGGACUCCUUUAUGGUUUCUCACAAAUCAAAAAGUUCAGAAUCUCAUAAAAUGAAAGAUUCCAGGACAACAAGUGAAAGAAACAGAAAAAAACGACAAAUCACAAGGUAUGAUGCACAAUUGAUACUUGAAAACAGUACUGGGAUUCCCAAAUUGACUUUGCGCAGAAGGCGUGACAGCAGCAGUAGUAAAACUAAUGACCAAGAAAUGGAUGGAAAGAAAUCUAAGAUUAGUAUCAAACUGAGCAAAGACCAUGACAAUGAGAAAAGUAACAAUUAUGUAGCAAAGCUCAGUAAUGGGUUUACCACAGGCUCAGGAAAUAAUUCUACAAAACUCAAAAUACAGCUGAAACGGGAGGAACAGAUUAAAGGAAUUAAGCGAUCACACUCCCUCAUGGAAGAUCUCUGUGACAGUGGUGUGUGUUGUGAUGAUUCUGUUUUUGUGAGGGCUAACGGAGAAGUGGAUGAACGCAGACAACACAGGUAUGAGGACGAUGAUGAGGAAGAUGAUUCUUCAUCCUCGUCGUCGUCCUCCUCAUCGUCCUCAUCGUCCUCGUCAUCUGAGGAGGAUUAUGAUGAUGAAUUUGAAGAUGACUUUAUUCCACUUCCUCAGGCAAAAAGACUAAGACUGAUAGUUGGUAAAGACUCCAUAGAUAUAGAUAUCUCUUCAAGGAGAAGAGAAGAUCAGUCUUUAAGGCUUAAUGCGUAAAUUUGUUGGUUCUAUACUAACCACGAUGUACAGUACUUUCCAAUCAAUUCCACAUUUGAAUGAAUUACUGUAAAUUUUGGCACUUCUGUAUUCAUUAUCAACAUAAAUAUUGUAGAAUAUUGUA